AUGGUAAGGUACUUAUCCAAAAAAGUAAUACCACGUUAAGUACGUUACGUGUUUUAUACAAAAUACCAAUUAUCUACAUUAUUAUAACUAUAAUAGAAACAUUAUUUAGACAAAAAGGCCAUUUGAAUAAAAAGCAAAUUAAAGAGCCCUAAUAGCCUUAUAAAUUUGGGAAAUGACCUUGUUUAGCAUAUUAUUCAUCAAAAUGAAACUGUUGCUCUUGAUGCUACUGUUGCCGCCCACGAACGGCCAAACGUCGUGGGCGGCAACAUCCCAGACCAACAAGCAUUGAGCAACUCUUCGGCUGUUCCUAUUGAAAUAAUAUCUAUAAAUGCUAAUCCACCUGAUCCUAACGCCCAAGAAGGAGCUGAUCCGAAUGUCCAAGGACCAACUGACCCAAAUGCCCAAGGCCCAGCUGAUCAAGCUCAAAACUCAGCUGAUCCAAACGCUCAAAACCCAGAUGAUCAAGCUCAAAAUUCAGCUGAUCCAAACGCCCAAAACCAAGCUGAUCAAGCCCAAAACCCUGCUAGUCCAGCCUCAGCGGGAGGCUUGAAUAAUGCAGACCAACAAGCAGGCCCGGGCAAUUUUCAAUUAGCUAAUGAUAAUCAAAACUCGGGCUCAUUAUUGGCUCAAAAGUUGGGCCUUGACAGGAAUAGUGUCCUUGAUAGUCUAGCUGGGGCAUCAGAUUCAAAUGUCGGUAAUGGACAAGAAAAUGGGCAAGGUGGGUUAACUUCAUUUGUCUACUAUAGCAUAUAUAAAUAUUGGUUAUAAAACCUUUUUAAACUAUUAUAGUAUAGAUAAUAUUGAUGGUAAUCUUUUAGGAAACCAAGGUUCUCAACAGUCAGGUUUGGGAACUAGUCAAAACAAUGGUCAAGGAGGACAAGAUGCCCAACAAGAUCAAGGUAAUGGCUUACAAGGGCAAGGUAAUGGUCUACAAAAUCAAGGUAAUAACCAACAAGAUCAAGGUAAUGGUCAACAAGAUCAAGGUAAUGGUCAGCAAGAUCAAGGUAAUGGUCAACAAGGUCAAUAUAAUGGCCAAGGAAAUCAAGGCAUUCAAGCAGCUGGUCUACAAGGUCAGGACGGACAAGAGAACGGUCAAGCUUCCAAUCAAGGCAAGCCGCCCAAGCUGAUGGUCAACAAGGUCAAGGUAAUAACCAACAAGGUCAAGCUGCCGGACAGCAAGAUCAAGACCCUAACCAACAAGGAAAAGACAAUAGUCAAGCCAACCAAAACAACGAUCAACAAGUACAAGGAGCUCAAGGUGGUCCCCAACCAGCGUCAGAUGACCUACAAAACCAAGAGCAACCAUCAGAUAUUCCAAAGCCUUCAGAAGACGGUCAAAUUUCAAAUGAUCAACAAAAUGCCACAGGCAGUCCUACAGGCAAUUCAGAAGGACUAA